AUAUAAGGAAAAAAAGUAAAAAAAAAAAAAAGAAAAACCCCUAACUCAAUGGCACUCCCAACCAUCCCCAACCUCAGCUCCCUCGCCGCACUUCACAGAGCUUCACUCAGACACUCACUCUCACCUCUCUCACUCAUCGCACCGUCACCGCCGGUCAUCACUCGUCACUCUCCUCUCCGGAUCCUCUGCCUCGUCCCCGCGACGUGAGUGUUUGCUCGCCUCUUCUUCCUCCGCGCCUGUGCCGUCCCGGUCUCCUUGGCUCCGCCGUGCCUCGCCUGUCGCUGCCUCGGCCUCGUGCCUCGUCUGGAUCUUCUUCCUCCGUUGUCAUCGUGUUGGCUCCUCUGCAGGCUCUGCUCUGCGUCCGCCGAAGUUCUGCUCUCUCGCUGGCGGCUUGCUUUGCAACGGUGCAAUGCGGCGACGACUCCAAGUUGGAAACGUCCCUGACUGUUUCUGGGUUCCUGCUUCUGCUGUAGAUCAUCAAUAAGGAAAUUCCUUCUACUGUGGUUUAUGAGGAUGAUAAGCUUAUGCAGAAUGAGGAGGUUUGCGAGAACUAUUGAUGCCGAGGGCGUUGCCAUUCUAAAGCUCCGCCAAUAACUCAACCAGGGAGCCGCUCUCAGUUAUCAUCAUCACUUCCCAAUUUCAAAAGUCAUCGGAGAAGUUUCUGUCACCUUGAAGUGCAAUAUUCAGUUAAAUUGCUCAGUGGCAGUGCGUGCCAUCCCUCUUCAUGGCCUUCAUCAAACAAAGGGUUAGCUUAUACAGCUCUCUUUCCCCACUCUCACCCUGCACUUUCAAACUCUAUUCUGCUUCGGGCAAACUCUAUUCUUCUUCUUCCGAAGCUUUGAUUUCAAAAGCUCAUGACACAGACGAAACCACAGAAACUGCCCAAACCACUAACCUGUCACCCCAAGAGACCCUUAUAGCAGAAAAAAUUCACUCUCUCAUUAAAGACCACUACCGCAAAAACCCUAAUCCCAACGCCACCCCACCCACCCCCAAUCUCACCAUACCCGAUCUCAACAUCAGUUUUUCCAAAAUCUCCGCCACAGAAACUGUUUCCCCCGCUGUCGCCCGCAAGGUUAUCGAGAAAUGCGGGGGUGUCCGCCAUGGCAUCCCCUUGCUCCAGUCUCUCGCGUUCUUCAACUGGGCCACCUCCCUCGAGGGCUUCCCUUCAUCCCCUGAGCCCUACAACGAGAUGAUCGACCUUGCCGGAAAGCUGAGGCAUUUCGAUUUGGCAUGGCAUUUGAUCAAUUUGAUGAAAGUUCGCGGAGUCAAAAUAACCAUUGCAACGUUUUCUGUCAUUGUUCGACGAUACGUGAGGGCCGGAUUGGCUGCGGAGGCGGUUCACGCCUUUAAUCGCAUGGAAGACUUUGGUUGCUUCCCUGAUAUUGUUGCAUUUUCAAUUGUGAUUAGUAGCUUAUGCAGGAAGAGAAGAGCAAUUGAAGCUCAAUCAUUUUUUGAUAGUCUUAAGGAUAGGUUUGAGCCUGAUGUUAUAGUGUACACUAGUUUAGUUCAUGGUUGGUGCAGGGCUGGGAAUAUAGCGAAAGCCGAGGAGGUUUUCAGGGAUAUGAAACUGGCUGGAAUCAAGCCUAACACAUACACUUACAGCAUUGUGAUUGACUCACUGUGCCGGUGUGGUCAGAUUUCUCGUGCUCAUGAUGUUUUCUCAGAGAUGAUUGAUGCCGGCUGUGAUCCUAAUGCGGUUACUUUCAAUAGUCUCAUGCGAGUUCAUGUGAAGGCUGGAAGGACUGAAAAGGUCUUGCAAGUUUACAAUCAGAUGAAGAGGCUGGAUUGUCCUGCUGAUACGAUUACUUAUAAUUUCCUAAUUGAGAGUCAUUGCAGGGAUGAGAAUCUUGAAGAAGCUGUGAAGGUUCUCAACUCAAUGGUUAAGAAAGGGGUUUCUCCUAACGCGUCAAGUUUCAAUUCAAUUUUUGGAUGCAUAGCUCAGUUACAUGAUAUUAAUGCUGCUCAUAGGAUGUAUGCUAGAAUGAAGGAGCUGAAGUGCCAGGCUAAUACAUUAACUUACAAUAUAUUGAUGAGAAUGUUCGCGGACUCAAAAUCAAUUGAUAUGGUUUUGAAAUUGAAGAAGGAGAUGGAUGAGAAUCAAGUUGAGCCCAAUGUGAAUACUUAUCGAAUUUUGAUUUCAAUGUAUUGUGAAAAGGGGCACUGGAACAAUGGCUACAAGUUUAUGAAGGAGAUGGUUGAAGAAAAAGGACUAAAACCUAAUCAAUCUGUUUAUGAAAUGGUUCUAGAGCUGUUGAGGAAAGCAGGGCAGCUUAAACUGCAUGAGGAUUUGGUGGAAAAGAUGGUUGCCAUGGGAUUUGUCUCUCGCCCCUUGUAGAAGUAGCUUCACUUGUCACAUCUUAGUUUAUAUUAAACUAUAAACUACUUGUAUUACCUGCUUAACUCAGUUUAGUUGGUAAGAAAUAGUUGCUUUAUUUUAUUUUAUUUUUGUGAACUUGUUAAAUUCAUAGGCAUCAUCUAUAAUUUCUUUGAUUUAUGGCCGAAGUUUUGUAGUACUUGAAUAACUUGGUGGAAACGUUGUUUGAAGCUAGGCAUUUAGCAUGUAGGCUUCUGUUUGUUUAUAGGGAUGGAACAUUGAGACAGGAAGACACAAAAUCAUAUUUGACAGA